GGAAUUUCCGGUUACGUCAGCGUGUCUGGACUCCAUUAGGGGGUUGCAGCUGUUUUGACAGAAACAACAACAAAAACGGGACGACUGACGGGGCUUCUACAGUGUCAGCGCGUUCAAGCCGGGUUACGAGGUCUGAAUCCGGGGAGCUGAAACCUCCUUUCCCACCCGGGGCUUCGCCGGCUUCUAACCACGGCCGCUCUCGGUGAGGAAACUCUGGCCUCCGCUUCCUCCUCCUCCGACUCGGACACCGGCGGAGCGUCGCCGCCCCCGCGGAAGAAACACCGAGCCUCGGCGGCGGAGGGAGCAGGAGAGCCCGGGGCUUCAACAGUUGUGUUGGGCCUGUCUGGAGUUGUUCUCGGACUUGCUACAUCUUCACUUCACUCUCAAGCCAGCUCUGCUAUUCACUUUAACCGAAGCAUCGUCAACAACCUUAGCAGCAACAUGCAAGCAAACGGGGCAGGACAGGGACAGGAAUCAUCGGACCUAUCCUGUCUUAACAGCGCACAAAACGGGGAGUCAUCCUCUGCUGGUGGAACUCACUCCAACGGGCUUCUCUCCAAUACAAACAAUGGGAAUAGUGUCGGUACCAAUAACGGGGCCACCACCGGACCAAACUCCGGGACCUCGACCGCCUCCACAGCCUCGGGUUCUGGCUUGGAGGUCGGCUCCUUGAAAAAGAAGAAACGUCUUUCGCAGUCGGAGGAAGAUGUCAUCCGAUUAAUAGGACAGCAUCUCCACGGUUUAGGGCUAAAUCAGACGGUGGACCUGCUGAUGCAGGAGUCUGGUUGCAGACUAGAACACCCCUCAGCCACCAAGUUCCGCAGCCAUGUGAUGGAGGGGGAGUGGGACAAGGCGGAGAAUGAUCUCAACGAGCUGAGGGCUCUGAUGCGCUCCCCCAACGCCAUUGUGCGUAUGAAGUUCCUGCUGCUGCAGCAGAAGUACCUGGAGUACCUGGAGGACGGGAAGGUUCUGGAGGCGCUGCAUGUGCUCAGGGCAGAGCUCACCCCCCUGAAGUACAACACAGACCGCAUCCACGUCCUCAGCGGGUACCUGAUGUGCAGCCAUGCAGAGGACCUGCGUGCCAAGGCAGAGUGGGAGGGCAAGGGCACUGCCUCCCGCUGCAGACUGCUGGACAAGCUACAGACGUACCUGCCCCCCUCGGUCAUGCUGCCCCCCCGCAGACUGCAGACCCUGCUGCUGCAGGCGGUGGAGCUGCAGAGAGAGCGUUGUCUCUACCACAACACCAAGCUGGACAGCAGCAUGGACUCUGUCUCCCUGCUGCUGGACCACACCUGCUCACGUCGUGUGACCGUAGCUAACCUCCCUCUCUCGUGGUCGUGCUCCGCCCACAGGAAGCAGUUCCCCUGCUACACCCAGCAGAUAUUGACGGAGCACUGUAACGAGGUGUGGUUCUGUAAGUUCUCCAACGAUGGAACCAAGCUAGCCACCGGCUCCAAGGACACCACCGUCAUCAUCUGGCAGGUGGACCCUGAGAACCACCAGGUGAAGCUGAUGAGGACGCUGGAGGGCCAUGCGUAUGGGGUGUCCUACCUGGCCUGGAGUCCUGACGACGCCUACCUGAUUGCCUGCGGCCCGGACGACUGCUCUGAGCUUUGGCUGUGGAGCGUCCAGACAGGAGAGCUGCGCACCAAGAUGAGCCAGUCCCACGAAGACAGCCUGACCAGUGUGGCCUGGAACCCAGACGGCAAGCGCUUCGUCACCGGGGGGCAGAGAGGGCAGUUCUACCAGUGUGACCUGGAUGGGAACCUGCUGGACUCGUGGGAGGGUGUGCGUGUGCAGUGUCUGUGGUGUCUGAGUGACGGGCGCACAGUCCUGGCCUCCGACACGCACCAGCGCAUCCGAGGGUACAACUUUGAGGACCUGACCGACAGGAACAUAGUUCAGGAGGACCAUCCUAUCAUGUCUUUUACUGUUUCCAAGAACGGAAGAUUAGCUUUGUUAAAUGUAGCAACUCAGGGGGUGCACCUGUGGGACCUGCAGGACCGUGUGCUGGUGAGGAAGUACCAGGGUGUGACCCAGGGCUUCUACACCAUCCACUCCUGCUUCGGAGGCCACAACGAGGACUUCAUCGCCAGCGGGAGUGAAGACCACAAGGUGUACAUCUGGCACCGCCGUAGCGAGCUGCCCAUCGCUGAGCUAACAGGACACACACGCACGGUCAACUGUGUGAGCUGGAACCCGGCCAUCCCAGGGCUCAUGGCCUCCGCCUCCGACGACGGAACCGUGCGCAUCUGGGGCCCCGCCCCUUUCCUGGACACGCAGGAAGCUGACGGGCUCAACGAGAACUGCAGUAACAUGGACAGUUGAUGGUGACUUUGGAACAGAAGACUCCUUCACUUCAACAACAAUGACAGAAACACAAACAUCCCAACUAGCAACAAAAUCCAACAAGAGAAAAAACAACCAAGUAAAAAAAGACAAACAGAAACGCAAAGUAGUUGAGUCUCUUGACCUGGAGAAACUCUGGAGGUGAGGGCGAACGCACUCUUAGACAAGCAGGGUGUUCAUCCUGAACCAGCCCCCCCCCCCCCCCGCACCCCUCCACGAGACCAGGACCCCCCUCCCACAUUCAGCCUCGCCGGCCUCCCUCUCCUCCCCCAGCCGGCCCUCCGGCUCCAGCUGCUCCAGGGACUGUCCUCUCCAACCCUAACCCUGCAGAGGCAUCUCUUUUCCAGGCCUCAAGGCCUGAGUCCUUCCCCUGAUCCACCUCCACGCACCCAUCUCACACCUGCGGUCUGCGGAGCAUCUCUUUCACCUGCCUGUGUGUGUGUGUGUGUGUGUGUGUGUGUGUGUGGGGGGAGGGGGGGUGGAAGGGGCGAGGUUGGUGGAAGGGGAAAAUAGCAGACUCUUCGCUCGAUUUGUUUUCCAUCAUCUUCCUCCUUUCUUUGCACCUAAGUUAUCGAAUGAAGGCUGGUAAUCAUCCACACUCACCUGAUCGACGUAGUGACAACGAGAACGGCCAUGCUAGUGUUGGGUUGCUGGGUGACAAUCGUAGUGUUGUUAGCCUUGCACAUGUGCAUUCUGGGGCUGUGGAGGGCUUCAGUGUGAAAGUAGAAAACACUCCCGAAAACAUCCCACUCUAAAUGAGCUCUUUUUAUCCAGUUUCCUCCUGUGUCUCUCGAGCCCCCAGCUCAUAACUUCACCUGAGAGGGUCAUGGGUCAGCGUUACCUGAGAGGUCCAGGGUCAUGAGGGGUGUUGUGGGGGUAAACGCCCCCCCUGGAAGGACUCUUCCCCCCCCCCCCCCCCCCCCCCGUAGAGGAGUGAAAAGUGCUUCUUUUUUUAGUGCACUAAAGACUGUGUGUGUGUGCGCACGCACUUCUGUGCAGGUGUGUGUGUGUGUGUGUGUGUGCUUGGGUGGAACAGCUGACCACAGGUGCAUGCAUGCCUGUGUUGGUGUGUUAUUUCAGGUGUGGAUGUGUUGUGUGUAUGUGUGUUCAAGUCACACCAGCAUCAGACGACCCGUGCCCCCCCUCAUCCCCUGGUGACACAGCCUCAUACCCAUAGUAACCUCCAUCUGUGGAAACAGACACUUCAAACAAACAAACACUUCAGAGCCAGUUUGAAAAAAACGUUUAUUUUAUUUUUAUCUGGGGGUUUUCAUUUUACAUUUGACUUUUAUACUUGUCCUUACCACAGCAUUCAGAUAGCACUGCAGGAUUGGCAUUGAUAGAUUUUUGUGGGGAGACAGGAAAUAAUACAAUGAAAAGCUAAAUGACCUUGGUUUCUAAAAGCUGUAAGCUCUCGUGUUGAGCAACCAGUCAUUUCAUAAGAGGAGUGGAUUGUUAUGUUGUAGAUGGAAGGCUAAUGUUUGGCAGGUCAGUGAAGGAAGAGAAACACACACACACAGCCUAGCCCCAGCACGCACACACACACACACACACACACACACACACACAGCCUAGCCCCAGCACACACACACACACACAUUAUCCUGGUCACCCGUGCGCACAUACACCUACUCAGGGUGUAUGCACCCUAGCAGCACUUUCAAAGGUGGAUUCUCAUGGCUCAGCUGCACCUGAAACAGCCCAAUCCCAAAACAAGCCCUGGCACUUUCCCCAUGCUGACCAGGGGCACUGCUGGGCUGGCAGCUCAGUGCAGUCAGGAGACUAGGGUUAUAUUGGAACAGAUGCCCACACUGGUCUAGUAGCUUCCUAUGCAGUUACAUGCUCUCGUUACGCUUCAAACACACAGAUGGUGGGGCUCCAUGUUACAGUCAUUCCUCCUGCACUCUAGCCAAGCCCAUCUGGCAGUGGUCAAGUUCACUUCACAAUGCUUCUUCCUCCCCUGUUCAGGGUGUGUCAUGAUUAUUUGCUACAGACUGAUAAAAAAAAAUGUUUAAAAAUAAUGCUUUUCUGUCUGUUUUUAUUGAAUUUUGUUACUUGUUCUUUUUUCUCAUUAUAUCAUUUUUUGGGUUGACUUCUCCCUGUAUUAUCAUAUUAAAAUAUAACCAGACAACUGGAGUCCUCCUUAUUUUAUAAUCAUUUGUAAUCCCUCUUAACUAUUUGUUUUUAUUUUCUUCCUUUGGGUCUAUUUUCGGGUUGCUUUUUUAUUUUUAUUUAAAUUGUUUACGUUCUCCACUACUUUAAAAUCCUACUAGUGAAUAUGCACAGGAACACCCAUGCCCAUACAAGAGGGAGGAGUCUGGGAGUGUGUUAUCUUCAAUCAGGAACUACCCACCCCUCGCCUUUAACAAGAGACACCUUGUGAGCAGAGCUUGUUCUUGCAUGUCUGUGUAAUAGACUGAAAUCUCUUUCUAUGUGCCACUGUUGGUUACCAGUUCCACCCUUAACUGAAAACCAAAACACUUGAUAAACACAGUAGUGGUUCUA